ACACGUUAGUUUGUGUCCUAUAUUGAAGUGAGAGAAGAAGACACAGUAGCGCGCUGUGUAAAGUCAAGUGGCUGAAUGACUGAAGAUAUUUGUGUUUGAGCGCUUAUAACAUCGAAUUCAAGCACGUGAUUCGGUUUAAUUCAACAGAUCAUAUAUCAACACACAACAAGAAAAUUCACAAACAGGAUAAACUUCCAGGUGGAACGACUGACAGCUGCCUUACAAGAUGGAGGAUUUUAAAGUGGAAAAUGAAGAAAUGAAAAUUACAGAACCAUGCGGAAUUAAAUCGGAAGAUAAUGGUAUACAAAUACUAGAUCUGAUGGAAUUGAAAAGGGAAAGUGAAGAGCAACAUCAGUAUCAGACACCUGAAGAUAAACCUCUUAACUGCUUUCAACCUGGAAACAAUAUUUCACAAGAAAUUACAGCUCAAAUGCCAGAAGAGGAAAAUUCAGUGCCGCAAAUGAGUGGAAACCAUGUGGCGGUUCACACUAGAUCGAACCCUUUCAAAUGCCACUGUGGAACGAGUUUCCAAUCCUUCGAACGACUUAAAGACCACAUGAAGAUUCACGUUAAUGUAAAGAAGCUUUAUAAAUGUCCGUUUUGUAAAAAGCAAUUCAAAUCCUUAAGAGACCUAAGACGACACGUGAAAAUUCACAGUAGCGAAGAGCUUUUCGUGUGCCAGCAAUGCGGAAAAACAUUCAAAAACCGAGGAACUCUUAUAAACCAUAUGGGAAUUCACACUGAUGAGAAGCCGUACAAGUGCCAGUACUGUGGACGGGGUUUUAAAUACAAAGGAUUCCUUGAGAACCACAUGAGCAUUCACUCCGAAGAAAGGUUUUUCGUAUGCAUCCAUUGUAAAGAGAGUUUCAAAGACGAAUCAAGCCUUGUUAACCACAUGGAAGUUCACUCCGAAGAAAAGUUUUUCGUCUGCACCCAGUGUGAAAAGAGUUUCAAAGACGAAUCAAGCCUUGUCAACCACAUGGAAGUUCACACUAGACCGAAGCCUUUCAUGUGCCAUUGUGGAAUGAGUUUCAAAUCCUCAAAACAACUUAAAAACCACAAGAAGGUUCACAUAAAUGUAAAGAAGCCUUAUGGAUGUGAGUUUUGUGAGAAGCAAUUCAAAUCCUUAAAAGACCUAAUAAAACAUGUGAGAAUGCACAGUAAAAGAAAGCUUUUCAUGUGCCAGCAAUGCGGAAAAGCUCUCAAGAACCAAGGAAGUCUUAUAAACCAUAUGGGAAUUCACACUGAAGAGAAGCCGUACAGGUGCCAGGACUGUGGAAGGGGUUUCAAAUAUAAAGGUCGUCUCGAGAUUCACCUCCAUGAGGGGUGUCACUAUAUGUUUAAGAAGAGCAGGUUUGAUUCUCUGGACAAACCUGGGGACAGCUGAAUAUAUGUGCUGGAUAUACAAUAUACAUGCCUACUGAUUUCAUAACUUCUAGUGGCUUAUAAACUGAAAAUAAUGUCUCAAAAGAUAUUACAGCUCAGAGGCAAAAACAAAUCUGUGCUUUCUUUAUUUCCUUUAGCAUUUUCCUAACACCAACCCGAAUCAAACACAGCUUAACCAAGUUGUUAGAGUCAGGUGUGUUGAAAAGAAGGGUUUAAAACUAAAAUGUCCAGGAUCCAGAAUCAGGGUUUGAGAUCCCUGUUAUAGCAGCAGUCAUCUAGCAUAAAUAUAACAGGCUUUUAAAGGUGCAGUGUGUAAAUUUUAGCGGCAUCUAGUGGGGAGGUUGCAAAUUGCAACCAACAGCUCAGUUCACAGCUCACCCUUUGCUUUUGAAAAGCAUAGAGAAACUACGGUAGCCGACACAGGACAAACAUAUCAUCAUUGGAGACAACUUAG